AUGAAAGUGACUCGGCCGCUGAACCCAGAAGACUACCACAUUGCAAUAAUUGCUCCACUGGAGAUUGAGAACGUCGCAGCAACUCUGAUGCUCGAUAAUAGACACGAUGGCCGAUUUCCCAUGGCAAGAGGCUACGAGUAUCUGUACACACCAGGCGAGAUGGGCGGGCACAAUGUCAUCGUUGCCACGCUACCCGCAGGCGAGGACUGUGAUUUGGGCUCUGCCGCCGCUCUUUCGAGACAAGUCAAGACGUUUUUCCCCAACCUGUGGUUCGGCCUCCUCGUCGGAGUUGCUGCUGGCAUGCCCAAUGUCGGCGGCGGCGGCGGCCAAGAGAGGGAUAUCCGACUCGGCGACGUGCUUGUGGCCCAACAAGACGGCGAGCUCCCAGGACUAAUCAACUUGGAGCUGGGUAAAUGGACCGAAAACGGAUUUGUGCUUCGCCGCCGAGGCUGGCUGGACAUGACUGACAAGCUCGUCAGGUCGGCAAUCCGCCAGAUCAAAGCAGGGGAUUUCUUGCAAGACCAGCCUUCGUUUCUGAAGCACUACCGGGAGAUGAUGGGUAAUCUAAACCACCCCGAGGCAUUCGCCGAUCCGGGCCAGGAGCUGGACCUGCUAUACGAAACUGGGGAGUCCGUAGUGAAGAGAAGGACUCGAGAGGCCGAGAAGCGUACCCGCGUGUGGUAUGGUAUGAUUGGCUCCGCCAGCACACUUGUAGAGAAUGCUUCGAAGCGGGACGAGUUGAGGGACAAGCAUAAUCUUGUCGGUAUUGAGACGGCAGCAGCCGGCAUAGUACCCAACAUUCCGGUCGGUGUCGUUCGUGGCGUUUGUGAUUACGCAGACGAAAAGACAAACGAAGCCUGGCGACCCUACGCAGCAGCCAUGGCAGCAGCCUAUGCCAAGGAGAUUAUUCUGCAGAUAGGACCCCCCGAAAGACCCAGAAGAGGACGUGAAAACACCAUCGACAACAUUCGACACAAGCUCUUCUCCCUGGGGGUAAAACGAGUGGCGCUCUCCGGGCUCGGUGGAAUGGGCAAAACGCAGGUUGCCCUCGAGAUGGCGCAUCGAGUCAAGGAAGCAAUGGAGGAUUAUUCCGUCAUUUGGAUGCCGGCGCAGACCAUGGCUGCGUUUGAACAAGCAGCCGCGGAGCUUGUCCAGACUCUUGGUAUAAACCCUGGGCCCGGCGAAAAUCCAUCAGAAACCCUUCACGCCCAUCUUUCCUCUGAUGCUUCCGGACCGUGGUUCCUUGUCGUGGACGGUGUCGACGACAUGUCUCUAGUUGACGGAACACCCGAUGAGCCUCGCCGCCUGCUCGACUGCCUUCCUCAGAGCCCGAGGGGCAGAAUGCUCAUCACCACACGCACGUCAGCAGUCGCAAACAGCGUUGCGGACCCGCAGAAUGUUGUCAAAUUAGCAGAAAUGUCGUUGGGCGAGGGGAAGCGCUAUCUGGAGACGUGUCUCAGCGACAACCGCGAGCUGCGAAGAGACGACGUCGAUGAAACUCUCUCUUGUCUUAUGGAGAGGCUCGAGUAUCUUCCCCUCGCCGUGGCACAAGCAGUCACUUACAUGAAUGUAAACUGCAUGUCCGUCAGCGAGUACGUACGUCACCACGACGAGAUGCAGCAGGACCGUGAUAAUACCGGCCCGACUCACCUUUUUGGCUCACAAUUGCGCAAUGAAACAUUCCACAGCAGGAGCCAGGGGUCUAUAUUAACUACUUGGUAUGCGUCGUUCAUGGCAAUUCGCAACACAAGUGCCCAUGCUGCCCAGUUACUGUCUUUUCUCCGGUGGACAAGUCCAAAGGGUAUACCUACCUCCGUGCUCCCUCUUGGACGAGGGCUCAAGAAGGCCGAGGCAAUCAAUUUACUCUGCUCCUACAACUUCUUGAGUCGGCGAGAGGGUGGCAGGAUUCUGGACAUGCAUCGCUUGGUGCAUCUCGCCCUCGGGUCCUGCUCGAAACAGCUCUUCGACGAAGAACAGACGCAAGAGACCAUCUCUCAUCUCAACCGAGUAUCCCCGAUAUUCCCAAACGAGCAUGUCCAAAAGCAGGAGUUGUGGCAGCCAGGUCUUCCACAUGUGCUUCCGCUUGGCACAGGGGAGACAACACACGAUCCGCAAGCCCGUCUGGAAUUUUUUCGUCACGCCAUGUUUACGCGGGGAUUGGCGCUGGAAAACAGCUGUUGCUAG